AACCUGGCCAUACAUCACCUUCCAACAACCCACCAACCCAACAGCUGGGCGUAAUGAUGUAUAUGUGUGGAGAUCAUUCCUUGCAAUGCCGCCCAAUCGUAAUCAGAGGUACGGAAAGAACCUGGGUCGGGUUUCAGGACUGGAGUGUUUUUUUUUUCUUUCCCCAAGGUAGCUUUUCCUGGCAAUUGACCGUGCAAUUGGAUUCCACAUUGGGAGAGGGGACACAUCUGAGAUUCCAGCAGACUAUUCAUCUUCAUACCAGUGUCUGCAGAGGUUUAUUUUUACUGAAAGUGUCAAGUCAAAGUCAAGUCACGUUCCAACACGGAGCACAAAGCCGGCUGGAUGGUCUGGUGUAUCUGCUGUGCAGUAGUCGUGGAUCCACUGGUGGAGACGAUAUGUGCCGGUAAGACGAUACUUGUCACAAAAACAUCACAGUUUAGAACAUCCUUGCUCCUGCAAGUGGGAUUUUCUUACCGUUGGCAAAUCGCUGGCUGUUGUGAAAGGUCAUUCCUUGCGUGUCCACUUGUCAACGACAUCUGUCGAGGUGAAUUUAAAUGUUUUGAUGACGUCAAGGGACUGCUGGAACAUUGGCAGGACCUUCCAGGCCAUAUAAAAGCUCUGGGUCAGAGAGAACUCCUCACACAAAGAGAGAGAGAGAGUCGGACAGACAAGGGGAGGAAAAUAGAAGUGGCGAAGAUAAGAUACCAGAAUUGAGGUGUUUAUUUAAGUGGUGUCAUGUCUCUGGCACAUACUGACCAGAGUCCAGCUGAGGUUCUUGUAUCGGUGGGGGCAUGAUGACACCUCACAGGAGCCCAGAGAGGAAAGAGAUUGGAGGGACCAAAAUAGCCGUUCCUGCUCUGGUCGAUUGGGAGCCGAGGGAUUAGUGGAGGUUCCGUUUUUCUUUUUCGCUUUUGCCACUGUGCCAUUGCAAACCCACUGGGUUUUUGCUUCCAACCAUGAGUAAACAGGUGACUCUGGCCACCUGCAUUGCCAAGAUGUAUGAAGGCGGAAAACUGGACAAUGCUGGGGCACCAGCUUCCACACAAAAGAAGGCCAACCCGACCCUCUUGGGAACUCUUGGCAAUGUAGAGGACAGGCUGAACUUUCUCGAAGGUAAGGUGGAACAAAUUGCCAACAACCAGGCAGUACUCCUCCAAAAGCUGGACGGAGUAUCUCAAGGAAUGGAUGCCCUGGAGAAGAACCUUUCACAGUUCAAGAAGGAUACAAUCGGACAGUCCAAGGUAAAGUCCACUCAAAAAGAUGCAAAACUAGUGGGCAGCGAUGUGGCGGAGGUCAAGACGCUUUGUGAAGAAACUGUGGCGCUUCUCAAGAGUCUCAAGCAAGAGGGUCAGGUGCAGAGGAAGAAGAUCGAGGGAAUAGAAAGUUCAGUGUCGACUCUGGAUAAAGUUCUCGGAUAUGUGGGUGAAGCCUUCCGCAGCUCCAAGAUUGUGGAGUUCAUUCUAAACGGUGUGGUGCCAUGGAGGAAGCAAGGCCUUCUGGACACUUUAGACGAAGAGAAAAACAUAUCAGACGAGCGCUCGGCUAAAGCCAGACCCGCCCUGUGCCAUCAGGGGACUCAGGCUCCAGAGGAGAUUAAUGAAGAAGCUGCAGUGCUGUCUGAUCAUGCGGGGCAGGAGGUGACGGCUCCAGGCCCGGCAGAACCCUGGGCUGAGCCCGCGGAGGCCCGGUCCGUUCCCGGUGGAGGUGAGGUGUGUGGGGGUAAAGCCCAGCGCAGGGUAAAGGAGGUGACGCUGCAGAGCCGAGAGCCCAGCAGAGUGCAGGCCUUUGCUCCUCAGGGCCAGAACCGGCCCCAGCAAGCUCCUGAAGCCGAGCCUUCAGAGACCCGGACCGUGCCGGCACUGAGGAAUGAUGAGCAGACAGCAGAAGUUUCCACAGCUUCGGAGCAACCCUCUCUGGACUGUUCUGCUCAACCAGAGCCGGAGCCGCAACCGGAGCUGGAAGAGGAGCAAAGGAAGGAGGACGUCCCUGAGGAGCAAUGGCCAGACGCCCAACAGCUCACGCCUAUCAAAGAGAACUUGGAGCCUAGCUUGUGGCAGAAGGAGGAGGCAGUUGCUCUGGCAACUCCACGGCCAGAAGGUGCUGAGAGCGAGCCAGAAUCCGAACCGGUCACCCGGGAAACGAACGCGGAGAACACUGACACGCUUCUGGGAAAACCUGUCACACCCCAGGAAAAACCAGACUCUACUGAACCUCAGAGUCCAGAAACACAGAGUGCAACAAGUUCUGCACCAAAGAGCAGGACGAGUCCUGUACCCCAGAGUGGAACAAGUCCAGAACCACUAAACGGGACAAGCCCCGCCCCACAGACUGUAACAAAGAGUGGGAAAAGUCUAACAGUGAAGAGUGCAACAAGUCCAGCCUCAAAGAGUAGAACCAGUCCAGCACCACAAAAUGGGACAAGUCCAAAACCACUGGCAGCGGCGAGCCCUUUAGUACAGAUUGACUCAAUUCCAGAACACGUGACUGAAGGGAAUCUAGAACCACUGACUGGAGGGAGUCUAGGACCACUGACUGGAGGGAGUCUACCACCAUUGGCUGGGGUGAAAGUGUUGCAUGCUCUGAUUAUUGACGACUGCCCGCCCUGUCCGGCACCAUUCGAGCACCGCAUCGUCAGCGCCAAGCAGGUUCCCAUGGGCUCCUAUUACGAGGUCAAGCCUAACCAGCUGCUGGGAGGGGGUCGGUUUGGGCAGGUGCAUAAGUGUGCAGAACUCUCCUCGGGGUUAACCCUCGCCGCCAAGAUCAUCAAAGUGAAAGGACUGAAGGAGAAGGAGGAGGUGAAGAACGAGAUUGGGGUCAUGAAUCAGCUCAACCACGUCAACCUCAUCCAGCUGUACGACGCGUUCGAGUCUCGCACCAACCUCACCCUCAUCAUGGAGUAUGUGGAGGGGGGAGAGCUGUUCGACCGCAUCGUUGAUGAACAUUAUCAGCUGACUGAGCUGGACGCCAUCGUCUUCACGCGCCAGAUCUGUGAAGGGGUCCAGUAUCUUCACCAGCAGUACAUCCUGCAUUUGGACCUGAAGCCUGAAAAUAUACUGUGUGUUAGCAGCACCGGGAACCAGAUCAAGAUCAUUGACUUCGGUCUCGCUAGAAAGUAUCGGCCCAGAGAGAAGCUGAAGGUCAACUUUGGAACCCCUGAGUUUUUGGCACCGGAGGUGGUGAACUACGAUUUUGUGUCGUUCCCUACAGACAUGUGGAGCGUCGGCGUCAUCACAUAUAUGCUUUUAAGUGGACUUUCUCCGUUUCUGGGCGAAAGCGACACAGAGACCAUGAACAACAUCCUCCACGCUAACUGGGACUUCGACGCCGAUGCGUUUGAGAAUGUUUCAGACGAGGCCAAAGACUUCAUCUCCAGGCUUCUUCUAUCAGCCAAAUGCAGUCGUCUGAGUGCGUCGGGCUGUAUGAAGCACAGCUGGCUGAAUAACCUGGAGGAGAAGGCGAAGAGGCACCGGGUCCGGCUCAAGUCCCAAAUGAGGCUCCAGAGCUACCUAGCAGCUCAUCGCCAGUGGAAGAAACACUUCUAUGCGGUGGCAGCAGCCAAUCGGCUGAAGAGGUUCCAACAGAGCAGGUCCGUCAGCGCUCCGUAACACCAGAGGAAACUGGACACUGCCUUUAUCGCUGAUGUUCUUCACUUUAUCAGUGGAUACUUGCCCUACACUCUAAAAAACAGAGGUACGAUAUGAGUACUUUUUUGUACUCAAAGGUACACUCUUCAUAAUUGUACCCUCAAAGGUACAAUAUUGGUCUUUACAGGGUCAGAUUUGUUCCCUCUGAAGUACAAAGUAAUUCCUAACAGCAGUAAGUACAGAUUUGUACCAUAUAACCAGAUAAAGGGUACAUUCAGUAUUCUGUACCACUGUACUAAUAAACAAUAUAUAUAUUUUAUUUGCACAUUUUUAUUUGAAAGCCAGACAAUUUUGGAUCAUGAAGUUCUUGACACAUAUUCAGUUGAUGAUAAUGUUUAUAAUCUUUAUAAUCUUUACUGGCAAAAAAACAUGGGUACAAAAAAGGACUUUCACUGAAAGGUACUUUUUUGUACCUCAGUAUAAGGUACAGCCCCAGCGACAAGCUUUGUACUCUUUUAAGUACAAAUCUGUACUUACAUUUCUUAGUGUGUACAGGGAGAUAAGGAGAAAACUGGAUGGUUAACAGGGUGCUAAAUGCAAAUCACUGGACUCUGGAUACUGAACUCUGGAUGCUGAACUCUGGAUGCUGAACUCUGGAUGCUGAACUCUGGACACUGCUGAAUUAUGUAGGGGUGUUUAAUAUGUGUUAAAGGUUUUAUUUAGAUAAUGUGCUAACUAUCCUCUUCUAGUUUUAAUCUGGUUUAAAUGUAAAUACUGCAAAGCGUCAGGAAUCAGGUGUUAAAAGAUAUUCUCCCUUCUGUGAAGGAUGUUUUUUUUUUUCCUUUUCUCAGGCUCUAUCGCCUCGUCCCAAUACUCAAAAGUAGAUUUUUUUCCCUCAUGGCUGCUUAAAGGCGUUCUGAAGAUCUGCCUGACUGGAAGCGAUUGCCUCAGACACUCACGGUUCACUGGCUCGGUUAUGCAAUAAAUGCAUGUAGGCACUUUUGUUAUUUGGAGUUUCCAGGGGAAAUGGCUGGAGUAAAAUUGCGUCUCUCGUAGUUUAGAAGAUCAGCCGGGGAAACUGAUGAAGCCCGAAGAUGUCACAUUACCUGAUAAAUAACUUUUUAUUUUUAAGCACUGAGUUCAGCGGUGCUGCGAGUUAUAUUCAUGCAGUGGCGUGCACAGACAUUUUGGGGGGCAAGUGUUUAGAGUGGAAAAAGGGCACUUUUUAGCGCACGUGGAACACUUCAUUAUAAAAAAAAAUACACACACAUGUUGAAUGAAAUUUGACUUUUAUUUGUAACAUUCUCUAAACGUGAGUUUUCAAAGAAAAAAUGUCACACCACCAACUGAUAAAAUACAUAUACAAUAUGAACUAUAUACAGUCAUUGUUAAAUCCUUCAGUUAACUUCUGUUUACCUUCCACUGUCUUUAAAGCAGCAUCCUCCUUGGUGCAACAUGAAUAUCAACAUGCCCACUUAAUUUUACUGCCCCCCCAAGCAAAUCAGUCCAGAACCGGGGCUGUAUGUGGUCGUCCUCGCGUUAUCUAUCGUUGAUUUGGGCUAGAGCGGCUAGUUUAUCUGGUGACCAGUCGGCUAAAGAUGCUCAGUAGUUUGGUGCUGUAUGAGACAUUUUACUGCACAACAAACUGAUUUCAGGUUGGGUUUAGAGGGCAAACGGUAGGAUUUUACUUGAUGUGUAUGUUACCUGGCUGGUGGGACACGGGGGAGAAGAAGCCUAUCUGUUGGCGUGCGUACUGUGCUGAAGACUCGCUGAACUGAACUGCUGCUGCAGCAUCUAGUGUGCCUUGCACGUGACUGCGCGGGGUCACGUGACAGAGGAAAAGAGAGGUCGGGUGUGUGCGAGCUGAUUUCAGGGCAUUCUGUUUUCACUCGUUUUUAAUCACUCAGGUUUUCAAAAGAUCAUUUCAAACCGGCCUCAGCAAAAUGUUAAUAAUAAUAAUAAUAAUAAUA